AUGCUUGAAAAGAUGACCAAAAAGCAUAGUAUUAUAUUAUACCUUUAUAAUUAUAUGAUAUUAAUUACAUUUUAAGGGUCCAACAUCCAGUAUGGUUGAUUAGCUUUUGUAUGUAUAUAUAUACCAUAAUACCAAGUCAUUAGCACAUACCAAUAUAGACUACCCCCCCCCCCCCUCCCUCCCUCCCUCCCUCUCUCUCUCUCUCUCUCUCUCUCCACAGCAUAUAUUUUUUUCAAAGUGAAGCAGUUAGCAAAUAAUGGGAGCACUUGAUUACCUCUCCAACUUUUGUACUGUCACAAGCACCAGCAUCAGAAGUAGAAGAAAACCAAUGCAGACAGUUGAAAUCAAAGUCAAAAUGGACUGUGAUGGAUGUGAAAGAAGAGUCAAGAAUGCUGUUAAGCACAUGAAAGGUGUAAAGACUGUGGAGGUUAACCGAAAGCAAAGCCGAGUAAUUGUUAGUGGAUAUGUGGAGCCAAACCAAGUGUUAAAAAGAAUAAAGAGUACAGGCAAACGAGCCGAAUUCUGGCCAUACGUACCGUAUAAUUUGGUCAGUUAUCCCUAUGUGAACCAAGCCUACGACAAACGGGCUCCUGCGGGUUUUGUCAAGAACGUUGUUCAGGCUGUUUCGGCCCCAAACGCUACAGAUGAGCGGAUCACAUAUAUGUUUAGUGACGAUAACCCUAAUGCUUGUUCAAUCAUGUAAUAUACUAUAUUUAGUAAUAUAUAAGUUUGAUGUCUUUUUCACUAGUUUGUUUGCUUUUAGUGUUAUGAGAAGUGUCACUAUGAUUUGAUGAAUUGUACGUCUUAUACAGUUUGUCAUACUUCGUAAGAAAGAUAUAGUUUUUGA